AUGAAUAUUCAAGGAGAUCUAUCUCCGCGUAUUGUUGAUUCGGUAAUAGCUUCGGCUAGACAAAAUCAAUCAACAGUAAAAAUUAAUGAACAAUUUUUACAAGAACCAACACUUGCCUUUCUUGAAUCAUAUCAAAAUCAUUUACGUCCAGCUUUAGCAUCAGGUAUAUUUGUAUUAUCAUUAUCUAAAUUACAAUUAAAUUCAAUUGGUGAUAUUGGACAAUUUAAACAUAUACAAAUAUGUGAUUUAAGUUCAAAUUUUAUUGAAACAAUUGAUAGUCUUAUUAUUAAUUGUCGACAAUUAAUUAAACUUGAUUUACAUUCAAAUCGAAUUAAUCAAUUACCCGAUGGAAAAUAUUGGAAAGAACUGUCACAAUUAAGAGUUCUUUAUUUACAUGAUAAUCUUUUAUCAUCGUAUGAUGAUGUUAAAUCUUUGGGUUAUGCAUCAAGUCUUGAAAUUCUUACACUUUAUGAUUCUCCAUUAGGUUUAAAAAAAAAUUAUCGACAUCAUGUUGUUAAUAGUGUUUGGUCUUUAAAAGCAUUGGAUACAUAUGUCAUUGCUGAUGAUGAAAUUAUAGAAAAAACUCAUUUUCCUGAACCUUAUGCAGCACAUUCAAAUGUAUUUAAAUUAAAUUUAUAUGUUCCAACUGGUAAAAAUUCAGCAUUAAGUAAUGAGCGACAAAUGAUUCAACAACUUUUUAAACAAGUCAAUAAUAUUCAAUCACAUUUUUGUCCAGUACUUAUUUUACAAAAAAAUUUUCGCAUGUGGCUUGUACAACUUCGAUUAAAAAAAUAUUUAUUAUUGAGUCACAAACCUCCUCCAAAAUUUUUACGCCUAAGAAAUCUUUUUUCACCAAUGAGUGGUUCAUCUGGCAAAUUUUCUUCACUUCCAAAACCACCUCGAGCAUCAGCUUUAACUGAUACAUUUCAUCAUAUAGAGCCAAUAAAAACUCCUGAAUCAUAUCAAGAUAAACGUCAUAUUAAAAUUCAUAUGAAUCAAUUAAUUAAUACUCAAACUGAUACAAAUCGUUUACCUUAUUGUACUGAUAUAAGUCAUCGUUCAAGACAACUUGUUACUAAAACAAGUACAUCAAAAUAUUCAGAUGAUCGCGCAUCACCAAUACUUCGUGGUCAAAAAUCUCAAAUGACUGCUUAUGAACCAAUCGAAGAAAUCAAUGAUGAAAUUCGUGCAGCUAGACAAUAUGUACAAAAUAUAAAAGAUGAAUCACAUUUAAAACAACGUAAACGCGCAGCUGAAAUCAAAGAAAAUAAUAUUAUGAAUCGAAAUUUAAUAAAAAAUCAUACAUUAGAUGAUCGACUUUUAAGAACAAUUCAUGGAAGUAUGGCAUUCGGCUGUUUAGUAGCUAUUGAUAAAGCUUAUAAUGACAGAGCAAAAGUUGAACGACGAAAAUUACUUGCACAAGAAGUUGACCAAACUCGACAAGAACAUGCAUUUGUUAAUGCACAAAUACACCAUGGACAUGAUGAACGUCUUGUAGCAAUUCAUCGUGUAAAGGAUCAAGAUCGUAUGAAACAAGCUUAUGUUCGUCAUCGUGUUGAACAUACUCAAAAUGAAGUAUAUGAUACAGUUCAAGAACAACGUCUUCUUCUUCUUGAACAACAAAAAAGACGUCGUGCACAAAUAGCAUUUUCUCAAGGAUUUAAUGCUCAACAUAUAUCAAUAUCAAAUGCAUUAAAACGUCAUGAAAGUAAUAUACGUACUCAACGAAAAGCACGACAUGCACGAGAAUUAGUUGCAAGACAAAAACAAAAUACAGACGAACAAGCUCGAUUAAUUGAAAAAUAUUUAACACAACGUAAACAUGUUCGUCGUGCUUUAUCAAAUAUUGAACGUAAACAAUUAGAUGUACAAGCUAUGCGUGAUGCUGGUGACCGUCUUUUACAAGCGCAACAACGUGUAGCACAUAUACGUGCAAGAAAUUCAAAUAUUCAACAAUUUAGUAUUAUGAAAAUGACACCAAAUACUGAAGAUUUAAGACAAAAAACACGAAGUUUAACUGAAUCCAUGCUUGAACGUGAUUCAUUAUUUGAUACUAUCACAGAUCACAUGGCCGCUCAACAAACAGUUCAAUAG